UAUUCGAGUUGGACGUUUUUAGAGGAACCCACACGCCGGCACCACUUCCGGGCUUCGACAAAGCGGUUGUGUUUUGUCUUCCAAAACUUCAAACAUCUAAAGAGUGGGGUACAAAACCGUACAAUCCUUGUUUGGGGGACGGGAACUGUCUGAUUGUGUGCAGUGCAGUUAGGAUUCGGAGGCCUGCAGCAGCAGGGCGGAAUAUAAUGUUGGAGCGUCGUGUUAAAUUAAACGAGCGAUUUACUCUCGACGCCUAGUGAUUAAUUAAUUACAGCGAAUUUGAAAAGUGGAUCAAGUGCGAUAUGCUGAUAUGUGACAUGCUUCCGCUCUGACGGACUUAGAAGUGCUUGUGCCAUGCAUACAGUAGUGGCUGGUUUCGGAUUCGUGCAAUGUGGAGCAGAUUGUACGGGAGAAAGUGAUAAGAGUUUUUAGCUGGAUAUUCUGUUAAGAAGAGGGAGUCUAGUUUAGAGUUGCAGUUUCGCCGUGGAAGAUAACGCAGUGUGUGUGUGCCGACAAGCUGAAGGGGUUGUUGUCAAGUACAGAACUUCUUCUUCAUCUCUAGACUUCCGGCCGUUGCUUCCGGUGUGCAGCGCGUCUGUGUUUCAUAGUGGGCGGAGGCGUUUCGCAAAUAAAACCCUCCUGAUAAAACGAGAAUAUAAGGAAAAUGAGAUUAAUUUAAAAAAUUGUUUUUCGUUCGUUCGAAGAAGAAGAAGAACCGUACGGGAGCCAAAUCUGUUUUCCUUUAAUUCGAGUUUAUAUUUAUGCAAUCAUGUUUGCGGAUUAAAUUCCAGUGAAAGAGAAACAAUAAAAGGAUAAAGUGGCGCAAAGUGUUUUUGGUGGAAGACGCGGAGUUGUGUAUCCUAACGAGAUUUUUUGAGUGGGCGAAGAAGUGUGUGAGAGAGAGAGAAGUCGUAGUAGAACAGAAAACGCGGACAAAUAAGAUCCGGCUGGCGAACAGCAAAACGUUGGAAGCGCGAUGGUGAGAACAAAUCGAGGCUGAUUCGAAAUUGGCGCAAACAACAGCGACAGCAGCAGCAGCGAAACAUCGUUCCCCAAAAAAGUUUGGACGUUUGUUGAUAAACAGCAAGGAAGUGUGAAGAAAAACGAAAAAUUGUGAAUUAAAGUGUUACAACGGAACAGAAAUGUGUCAUCCGGCGACAUCAUCUGGUAGCAAACGGCCAAUCUGGCGGUUUGCUCCCUCUGUACCACCCCAGUUGGUGGUGGUGUUUAUCGCUUUAGCAGUGCUCAUGACCGCCAGCAUCGAUGCUGUGGGUUGUCCGCAGAAGUGCUCUUGCCAACAGCGUACCGUGCGUUGUGUUAAGCAGCAAUUCGAUAAGAUUCCGGAAAUGCCACCCGAUACCAACAUCGUGGAUUUCCGCUUCAAUCACAUCCGCGAGGUGCCGUCGGAAGCGUUCGCCGGUCUAUCCCACCUGCACACUGUGUUUCUGAACGAGAACCAAAUUACGCGGAUUAACUCGGCAGCAUUCCACGGUUUACCGUCGCUGAAAUAUUUGUACCUCAAUAAGAACCGAAUCGUCAGUAUUGCACCGAAUGCGUUCGAAGCACUUGAGCGGCUGCAGAGCUUAUAUUUACAUUUCAACAAUAUUACAACCUUCGAGAGGCAAACGUUCUCCGACCUCCCAGCGCUGGAGAGACUAUUUCUCUAUGGUAACCAAAUUAGACGAAUACCCGAGGGCGCCUUCGAAGGACUGACAUCCCUGAAACGCCUCCGGCUCGAUGACAACCCACUGGAAUGCGACUGUUCACUGUUGGGCUUCCGCAAGAUGCUACAGGACGCGCGGAAAACGUUGCUAGUCACCACUAAUUGUGCCACACCGGAAGCCAUUGCGGGCAAAAAUCUGCUCGAUCUGACGGAGGAGGAUUUUCACUGCAGCAAGCCGGAGAUUGUGACCGAACCCAAAGAUAUCGAGAUAAGCUACGGACAGACGGCGGUGUUCACAUGCAAAGCCGUUGGUGACCCCCGACCGGAAAUUGUGUGGAUGCUGGACUCUAACGAGAUCCAUUCGGACGAUACACGGAUUAGCGUCCUUCCGGACGGCUCGUUGCGCAUUAACGAGGUAACCGCUGCGGACGCCGGCCACUACGAGUGUAUGGCGAAAAAUAACAUGGGCGAAACGCACUCCCGGCCGGUUCAGAUGACGGUCGACAACGAGGUGGUCGAGACGGACGCGGAGGCGCCGAAAUUCAUCCAGACACCACCGGCGGAGGUGACGCUGCUCGAGGGACAACCGAUUGCGCUGCACUGCGUUGUCACCGGAGCACCGACGCCGAGCAUAUUAUGGAAAUUCAAUAACCAGAACGUUCAGAAUGGUCGCAUCAAGCUGUUUGGGAAUGGUUCAUUGAUCGUGUCGGAGGCCACGCUCGAUGACGGAGGAAUAUACAGCUGCUAUGCAGGAAAUGCGAUCGGAAAUGCUUCCGUCAAUGCAACCGUUCACGUCAAUGCAAAUACGACGGCAGAAUCUGCAACACCAUAUUCUGCUACAAGCAACAUAGCAGCAGCGGAAAAUACAACAGCGCUUGACACCGACCAUUCGCUAACGAACUCAACCCCGGCUUUCAACAAAGCUGCCCCCCGAAUUACACUGGCACCGGGAAAUGUUACAGCAAAAACGGGUGCCCAUGUUACGCUCGAGUGUGAAGCGGAUGGAAACCCCCUGCCGCACAUCUGGUGGAAGCGCAACGGUCAGCCACUCAGCGAAACCAACCGGAUGUACCUCAGUGACGACAAUAUCGAGCUCACCAUCGAGCAUGUAAAGGAGUCCGAUUCGGGAAAUUACAUCUGCGUGGCGGAGAGCGAACUGGGAAGCGUCGAGGCGGCCGCGGAAGUGGCAGUUAUAAACGACGUUGGCCCACCGAGAUUCCUGUUCGAGCCGUACGAUCUGGAGGCCAUCGAGGGAACGACCAUCGAGCUACCUUGCAAGGCUGAGGAGGAUGACGAUAUCCUGCAGACUAAAUGGCGAAAGGACGGCCGAACGUUAACCCAAACAGACAAGUAUCGUUUAUCACCGACCGGCAGCCUGUUCAUCUCCAAUCUUACCGAGGCGGACCAGGGCAGAUACGAGUGCUCGUUGUUGAACCAGUACGGACGUGCAACGGCCAGCGGUUUACUGACGGUUAAGAAAAAGCUGACGCUCCUGCCCGGCGACCAGUUCGUUCGAAUCGCCAUCACCGAAGCCUCCCGAGAGGUUGACCUCGCCAUCAACCAAACGAUUGCUAAGCUCUUCUCCGGUAGUUCCAACCGAACACAGCACCACGGAGAUUUGUUCCGCAUUGUUCGUUUCCCGAGUGGUCCCGCCCGAGAGCUAGCCCGUGCCGCUGAAGUCUACGAGCGCACCCUGGUGAACAUCCGCAAGCACGUCGAUUCCGGCAGUAGUUUAACUACCAACAAAACCGAUUUCAACUACAACGAUCUACUCUCGCCGGACUAUCUGGAUCUGUUGGCACAGCUGUCCGGGUGUAUGGCUCAUCGAGUGACUCCGAACUGUACGGAUUUGUGUUUCCACGCAAAGUUCCGGACGUUGGAUGGAUCGUGUAACAACUACAAGAACCCCAGCUGGGGAUCCUCCCUGACCGGGUUCCGUCGGUUGUUGCCACCGAUUUAUGAAAAUGGGUUCAACAUGCCGGUUGGGUGGAACAAGACUAGAUUGUAUCAGGGAUUUUCAAAACCGAGCGCCAGACUCGUGUCGACCAGUUUGAUUUCGACAACGGAAAUUACCCCGGACGAUAGAAUUACCCAUAUGGUUAUGCAGUGGGGGCAAUUUUUAGAUCACGACUUGGAUCAUGCGAUUCCAUCGGUUAGUUCGGAAAGUUGGGACGGUGUCGAUUGUAAGAAGACGUGCGAGUAUGCUGCACCCUGCUACCCGAUUGAAAUUCCCGAGAGCGAUCCAAGGGUGCACAAUCGACGCUGUAUUGAUUUUGUCCGCUCGAGUGCGGUUUGCGGAUCGGGAAUGACGUCCAUCUUCUUCGGAACCGUACAGCCGAGAGAGCAGAUAAAUCAGCUGACCGCGUUCAUCGAUGGGUCGCAGGUUUACGGUUAUACGGAAAGUUUUGCGAGGGAUUUGAGGAACCUUACGACCGAUGAUGGGUUGCUGCGGGAGGGACCACAUUUUCCGAAACAGAAAUCACUGCUACCGUUUGCGGCUCCUACAGACGGGAUCGAUUGUAGAAGAAACUUGGAUGAGAGUACGGUGAAUUGCUUCACCGCGGGUGACAUACGAGUUAACGAGCAGUUGGGGCUGCUAACGAUGCAUAUCAUUUGGUUCCGGGAACACAAUAGAAUUGCCGGGGAGUUUAGGAAAAUUAAUCCACAAUGGGACGGGGAUAAGAUUUAUUUCGAGAGUCGAAAGAUUGUUGGAGCAAUGAUGCAGCACAUAACCUACAAGCAUUGGUUGCCGGAAAUUAUUGGUGAACGUGGAAUGGCUCUGUUGGGAGAGUACCAAGGAUAUGAUGCUGGGGUGAACCCAUCUAUUGCGAACGAGUUUGCGACAGCGGCACUGCGUUUCGGACACUCACUAAUCAACCCAAUUCUGCACCGGCUAAACGAAUCAUUCGAACCGAUCGCUCAAGGUCACAUUCCACUGCACAAAGCAUUUUUCGCUCCGUGGCGGAUAGUAUAUGAAGGUGGUGUUGAUCCGCUACUUCGUGGACUGAUUUCUGUGCCGGCUAAGUUGAAAAAGCCAAACCAGAAUCUGAAUUCAGAUUUAACAGAGAAGUUGUUCGAAACGGCACACGCUGUGGCGUUGGAUCUGGCAGCAAUCAACAUUCAACGUUCGAGGGAUCAUGCCAUGCCAGGAUACAAUGACUAUAGAAAGUUCUGUAAUAUGAAGGCGGUCGAUUCGUUUGAGGAACUAAAACAGGAGAUCACAAAUGGUGCGAUUCGUGACAAACUGAAAGAAUUGUACGGUAACCCGGAUAACAUUGACCUAUGGGUUGGUGGUAUUCUGGAGGAUCAGCUCCCUGGUGCAAAGGUAGGUCCGCUUUUCACCUGUUUGCUUGUGGAACAGUUUAAAAAACUCCGGGAUGGCGAUAGAUUUUGGUAUGAGAAUGAUCAAUUCAAACCCGAGCAAUUAGCUCAGAUCAAGAAGGUUACGUUGGGACGGGUGCUCUGCGACAACGGGGAUAAUAUCACUCGCACAACAGAUAAUGUGUUCGUGUUACCCGCUAAACAGGGAGGCUACAAACACUGCGAUGAAAUCCCACAGAUAGACUUCGAGUACUGGGUGGAUUGCAGCGAAUGUUCACGACAUCACAAACGAUACACACCGCUUGUGAGACAACGAAGAUCUAUCCGAGCUAAGCGGGACAUUGACUCACAGCUUGCCGCGAAACCCGACCCAGAAAAUCACCUGGAUGACAACACCUUUAUUGACGACGACAUGAACGAGGAACGAAUCGAAGGACUCGAAUCUUUGAUCGAAAGCUUCCAGAAAUCGAUGAAACAAAUGCGGCGGAAAAUUCGCAAAUUGGAACAGCAGUGCUCGGUCACUGCGGCCGCCAACAGCAGCCAGUAUCUGAUGAAGGGAAAGCCUCACGGACACUGCGUUGACAGCAAGGGGAUCAAGCGGUUGAAUAACGAAAUAUGGAUGCGAGAUGAUUGUACCAAGUGCGAAUGCGAACAUCGUCAGAUAAGCUGCGAAACGGAGAAAUGUGCCGAAUUGAUUUGUGAGAACGGGCUGGUUCUGAUGCAGGAGGAUGGCAAAUGUUGUCCCAUCUGCUCGGUCGAUGAUAGUGGACCUUCAAUGGAUGCCAAGAGCGUACAAUGAAUAACGAUUUUUGGUGUCCGAAGACAAUGAGCUAGGACUAGAAUUUGCGAAUUAUUAGAUUAGAUUAGAAAUUAGACUUUGAUGCCAAACUGUGAACUGACAUGCUAACUCGUCUUAGGAGUUGGCAGCAUCUUCUCAGAUUGUAGUGAAACUUUGUGGGAAUAAAUCAUUUGGUCAUUUAGGCAACUUUGCAUACCUGAAAGGGUCAAAGUUUUUCCUUAUUUUUUACAAAAAUUAUAACUUAAAAACUAUAACACAAACAAAAUAUUAGUCAAAAAACCAAAUCUGAGAAAUUGUUCAAAUUUUUAUAAAAAAAAUACCUUUUUUUUAAACUACACUGGGAAAAAAAUAUUUUAAAAAUUGAAACUCUUUUUUUUUAAAAAUUUUCUUCUUUAAAUUGUCAAAAAAUUAUAUGAAUAGUUGAAUAGUAUGGAGAAUCCUGAAAAAUAAUGUUUUACUCGUAACAUUUUAUUUGCGUAAAUUCUCGCGUUUGGUAUGAUCUUGCCGAAUAGAAAAAAGUUUGCAGAGCAUGUCAAUCGCGAUAAUUUACACACAAAAUGCUACGAGUGGAACAUUAAUAGUAGUUUUUCGAAGAAAACAUUAGAAAGUUGCUGUUAGGAAAACUCUUUCACUGUAACAGUGCCCUUCUUCCGAUGUAUGGGUGACUUGUUGUCGAUUAUAUGGAUUAUUCUUAUAUUUUUUUAUCAGAAUUCAAAAUAAAAAAAAAUGUUUAGAGAAAAAUGAAUUUCAAUUUUAAAAUAAUAUUUUUUUCAGUGUAAUUAGUUUUAAUUUUUUUUUUGUAGAGACGAAUGAACUCUCUGAGUUUAAAGUCUCUUUAAUUCAAUACCGUUACCGUUAAUUUUUUUUCUAAUUUUUAAGAAAAAUCAAAUUUCAAUAAAAACUUCUGUCUUCAAAACUAUAAGACCUACAGUGUCAGAGAAAGAAAUAUAGGAUAAUAUUUAAAGUUUUUUAUACUUUUUUUUUAAAUAAGUUCAACUUUAGGACCUUCUUCUUCUUCAUCUUCUUCCUAAAUGGGUCUAACGUUCCUAAAGGAAAUUCGCCGUCUCAACGUAGUAUUACUUGCGUCAUUUUUAUUAGAACUUAGUUGAGAUUUCUGUGCCAAAUUACACGCCUUGAAUGCAUUCUGAGUGGCAAGCUCUAGAACACGCGUGACCACAGUGCAAGUCGGAGAAAAUUUCUUUGACGAAAAAUUCCCCCGACCAGACCGGGAAUCGACCCCGAACCCCCGACAUGAUAAUGUGUAACGCUAACCACUCGGCCACGGAAGCACUUAACUUCAGGACCUACCAAAUUUUAAUCAGAGAAUGAAAUAUUGUAAUGCACAACUUCAACUACUAAACAAUUUUGACAAUCAGAGCACCGUUCCUAUAGAAUUAAAGGGUGUACUGUUUAAAAUCCGCACACACAAAGUUCAUUCUCAAUAUUCGAGUUUUCAACUGAUUAUCACAAAAAUGUCAGUGAGUACAAAAGGAAAAAAUAAAAGCCCCCGCAGACUGCAGACUUUUUUACAGCCGAUAGUUUGGUCAGGUUGGGUUGCUAGUGCACACACCGAGCCAACCAAACAGUCGGGUUGGUUAAGAGUGCGCACACUAGCCAACUGUCGACCGAAUAUUCUCGAAAUACUGUAUUUAAUUCGUAUUUGACAACGGAGAAGAGAACGAUGAAGGAAAAUCAAAAAGAGAUUCAGAGAGCAUUGGGUGCAUCCCAUUCGCAGUGAUUCGCACGGCACGUAUAUCGGAUGCCAAAAUUGAGAGCGAAUUGAACUAUCGACCGAUAAACAAUCAUCGUGUGUGCGUAGCUCGAUGCUGGCCAGUAAUGAUUAAACGGACGGCCGAUAGUUGACAGACAGAAUCGUUUGAAUGCAAUCGGGAAGCCUAUCAAACAUUUGUAUCGGCCGGUAAUGAAUCGGUGUAGUGUGCGCAUAUGCAUAUCGCUCCAUACUGAUUAAGUCAUUCGACCAAUCUCUCGACCAACAGCCAAGAGGUUCUGCACGACCUCAGUAGCGACAGUUUUGUUUUUUUUUUGCAUUUUAACCAUGCUUUCUUCAUUCCUUCUACAUUCUCUACCAUUUUAGGUCGUUUUAGAAGGUGUCCAGUAUUUUUCUAUUGGGCGCAGUUCCAAAGUAUUUGGGGAGCUCAGAUCUUUCGGCACGAAAUCGACAUCAUUUUCCUUAUCUCACUCUAACACGUCCUUCGUGUAGCGGCAUGAUGCCAAAUGAGGGCAGAAGAUUUUUUUUUGUCUUUUUCAUAGUGAUUUUCUGCCUUAGGCUGGUUCAUCUCUUGAAACGUUGAAGAGGUCAUACGGCUGUGCAUUCAGCAGAAUUUUCUGAAUCCAUGGGUGUCUGAUUGACUCUGAUUCAAGUGCAGAGACGGCGCACAGUGGUCCCUCAGAAAUUCUAGGUGGCAUUAAAUAGAAAAAUGAAUGGAAAUGCCUUGAAAUUUGGUGUAUGAGGGGUUUCGAAGGUGCUGAAUCUAUUUUUGAGUCAUUUUGGUUAUGAACUCCAAAGCAAGGACUGGGGGAAGGAGUAAAAUUUGAAAUUUUCGGAAAAAACACGUGUGGGAUGUCUAAAUAUAUGUUUUCAAACUUCCUGAAAACGUUUUCAAUAUUCUUUUUACCCAAACCCCAAAAGGGAGUGCAGGGGGAGGGGAUAAAAUUUUAAAAUAAUUGAAAAACACGUGUGGGGUAUCAAAAUAUUUUUGGUAUUUUUUCGCAAAGUAAUCGAAAGUGGCCAGAAGUCAUAAAGGAAAAGUGUAGAGGAGACCCUAUGGGUAUGGGUUCCGAUAACAGUAUGCUCCAGCCCGUAGGUAAGUCUGGAAUUAACGAUCGCGUUCCCGACGUUGAGUCUGGUGUCUCUGUUGGCGUUCACAUGCCGGCUUGCCUGGGAUUUGAGGAGAUUGAUGCGACUACGACAAUCUUCUUUCACUUCUUUUCAGUGUGGACCGAAGGAUAACUUUCUCACGUCGAGGAUUUUUAGCGUAUUCCACCAUAUGCCAUUGAUUUUUAUUGGUGCGUUCAGGAUUCAAUGGUUUGAACCGCAUAUGUGUGUGUACUCACUCUUGGUUGCCGAUAGUUGGAAACCGGCGGAGGAAGCCUAUCAUGCCGCUCACGAUACGACUUGAGAGAGUUUUCGUCUAUGGGCUUUGACUGUUGCCAUCGCAACCAUUAAUACUAUAUCAUCCGCAUAGACGAACAUCCAGAUUCCCUCCGGAAGAUACUCGAAUACACCGUCCAUCAAGAUUAGAAAAAGGGUCACGGCGAAGACGGAACCUCGAGGGACACCGGUCUCUUCGUUGAAUGGUCUGGAUUUGUGAUUACCGAUCAUGACUUGAAAGGAGCGUAGGAUCAGGAUACCUUUGAUAAAAUGUAACAUGUGGCCACUAAUACCCCAGUUGGAAGGUCGUCGUAACUCUGGUGGUGUCCAAGCUCGAUUAUAGGCUUUAGAGAUAUCGACAGUUGCCAUUUCAACGUAAAGGUUUCUCUUCCUUGCCUCGUCCAAUGCUUGAUUUAGCGUAGCCAUGUAUAUAGUUGUACCACAUUCUGGGCGAACCGCGUGUUGUCGAGGAUCUAUUUGCUGUAUAGAUAUUGCGUCAAUCUACGGUUGACCAUCUUUUCCAUAACCUUGCAGGUACAAAAUGUGACAGGAAUAGGACGGUAAUCUUCAGGGUCUCGUCCGGUCUUGUUGUUUUUUUAUGGGAAUCACCAAGUUUUGCGAACAUUCCUGGAGGAACUUGCGUUCGACCCAGAUACGGUUAAAGAUGUCGAGCAGCCUAAUAUUUCCGCGUAAGGUCAGUCUCUUGAUUGAAACGGCUGGUUUAGAAGCAGGUUGGGGUCAAUGUUGAAUAUUUCAACACUGGAUAUCGAGUCUCGUGAUCCGUCAUUUUUCUUUACGAAUUCAGUAGGGUACCCGUCCAGAGUCGAUAGGGAUAGAAGUAUUUGCUUAGUAUGUCGGAUACAGCCACUGGGUCCAUAACCGUCCAUAACUGGGUCUUGUUUGAGGUGGUGAGAGCAAUUCCUUGACAUCUUCGCUUCCCGGAUAGAGGGUUUACUCAUCCCCAGAGCUCCGCCGAGAAGUUGGCUUCAAUUUUGUUAUAGAGAUCGGGUCAGGAUCAAUUAGGUAUGCUAUGCUGAUACACUACCCAGUUCGCUUGAUCAUAUAACCAUCGGGUCCGCAAGGUGAGUGUAACAGGCUUGCCAUCACAGCGGAUGAUGACAGCGGAUUGGGUAGUGAUCGCUUCCCAUCGGGUCAUUAUGAGUCAGCCACAAAAGCCGACGGCUGGUAAAACUCAAAUCGAGUUUCGGUUUGGCUACGAACGAAAGUAGGGGAUCCAUUGAUCAAGACUACGAGGUCUAACUCGUCUGUAGCCUCGAGUACGUCGAUUUCACGGCGAUUCCGUUUAUAACGGUUAAGCACUAGGGGGACCCCAGCUGCCCAGGGCUGCAUCCAAUAAUUUGACUCCCACGGUGUCCUGUGAGGGAUACGGGACGAAGCCCGCUCGUUCGUCUAGCUUGGUGUUUUCGGGUGUCGAGAGCGAUCUGCCGGUUCUGGUCCUCUAGAGACUAUCGCACCAGCAGUUUCCAUUUCCGUUGAUUUCUUGGAUAAGUUGUUUCGAGUGAUGGUGCUGGCAACCGGCGGGAUAGGAAUGUUCGAAGCAGCCAGGGCAGUUUUCAAUGAUGCAAUUUGUUCUAUAUCUAGUAGCUGUUGGUCUUUAUUCUAGAGCCCUUCGAAUAAUUCGUCAAUUUGACGGUUGUACUUUUCAGCCUUCUUUCGCAUGAUCCCUAUAUCGUUGUCUUUUUUCUCUGUAUCAACUAAGAGUCGGUCGAACUUAUCGUUGAGUUCAGCAAAUCGAGCAUCGUUCCCUUCUACAAUUACUACAGCUGCGGACUUGGUUCGAUGAUUAGCUUCAUACAUCCUUCGAGCGUUUGGAUAACCGACUCCUUGAUCCACGAUCAAGUGCUGCAUGUCGACUUCCUUCAGGUAGACCGGGCACUUUUUGCUUGAAACUGGAUGCGUGUCGUUCUUGCAGUGUUUACAGUAAGCCUUCUUGUGACACGGCAUCUCCGACGUGCUGGCAUAAUUACCACAACAUACACCGUAGAUUGGGCCUGCCGUACAUCGCUUCCGAGGGUGUCCAUAUUCGAAGCAACCGUAGCACAUCAUUGGCGUAGGAUAGUAAGGUCGGGUACGUGCUCUUAUGCACCCAAAAGUUACCCUUGCAUCCUUUCUACCAUUUUUUUCUGCGCCAGCUUGUCUCCCGAACGCACACCAACCAAGUUUUGUUUUAACGGAUAUUGGGCCGCAACCGAUUCCUUCACGCAACUUCAGCGAAGUUAAUAAUCUUACGUGUUCUCAUCCGAUGAUCAUCUGUGAAACCACGUCAGUAUAUCUUUUAACUGGUAGAUCUCGAAGAUGUGGAAACUUUUCUGCUAACGCCUCAUAGCACAUCAAAUGCUUUGGAUGUUCCAACUUAUGCCUUUAAUUCCCAAGCGAUCGACUACUUCUACUUCUAGGAGUCUCGAGCUGGAAGCUUCGUCCAGAAAUGUUAAAAAAGGUGGUUUGCUUCCCGUUUCCGAUUAUGGCACUAUUCGUAUAAUUUUUCUUGGAAUUUUUUUAAAAAUACGUUUAUAAGAAAAAAUGAAUUUCAACUUUAAAAAAAUCCAGUGUGAUUAAAAAAUUAUGUUUUGCAGUAAAAUUUGAAUAAUUUCCUACGUUUCCUUCUUUGAUCAAAAUUUUUCAAGUAUCAUAGAUUUUGGGUUAUAUUUUUGUGUAAAACAAAUAAAGAAAAAAACUUUUUGGCCCUUUUCGAAAAGGAGUCUAAUUAUUUUUUGAAGAUUUCAAGUAUGCAAAGUUGCUUAAAUGACCAAUAAAUCUUUACACCCACAAAGAUUCACUGCAAUCUAAGAUGGUGCUGCCAAUGGCCAGUCGAGUUGGCACGAAACUCGUCAACUACAUUGUGCAAGCAAAAGGAAAGUCAUGUGGCUUUCCCAGCAAUUCUUAUUUGUAAACCAAAUCUGUAUGCCAAAUAGAACCUAUGAUAAAACUAACAAUUGAUGCGUUGACUCAAAUCAUCAACACUGUGAACGAAAAGGUGAAAGUUGAAUAGCAUUUUCUUCCGACUAUCUUCAAGCUCUUCGUUUGUUUGAAAGUUUAUAGGCCAGUAGUCGUGAAAUAUAAGGAUUCAAUUUUGUACUCUCACAUAUAAUAGUUAUAAAAUUUUAUGAGAUGAUACUGCAGGAUACUUAUAUCACUAAAACAUUAAUUUAGUUCAAGUUGAAAAAAAAACGGAUUUAAUGUGACAAAAUCAAAGAAAAACGAAUCCAACGUAGAAAAUCUGACACGCUCAAUUAGACCAGCUACUCGAAAAUCUAGAACGGAAAAAUAGGUUGUCAACAUCAGUACUGUUAGAGGUUAUUUGUAAAUACAACGUAUUUAGGGAAUAUAUCGAAACACUGUGACCCAAGUCUUUUAUCAGGAACCAUUACUCUACAUUCUCAAACAAUUUUGAAAUACUACCGGAUUCCUAUCCUAAGAACCAUCGGUCAAACGAUAAUAGUGAAAGAUACGGACCUACGCCGUGAUAAAUUAGCAUCAGUAAGUCUCCUCAUCAACGUACAUUGCAUUUAAAUUGAAAAGAAAAUUAAUAUGUAAAUCUACUAUCCAAAACUCGAACCAUGUUUAAUCGUUGAAACAUACGAAUUGACGAACACGAACGUGGCACAACUAAUAAAACUAAACAAGACAUGGAAUUGUCAUCAAAUUAAUUAUAACAGUAGCAAGUUCAAAACUAGUUUUACCAACAACAACAAAAAAGGUGAUUCACAUUGAAAAUGAAACUGCAACCAUUGCAUUGCACAAAACAAUACAACAAAUUUGAAUCAAUAAACAUGAUUACAACUUUUAUCCUCUUUUCGAA